AUGAAGCAUCAUCUUAUGGUCGGCACUUGGACGCCUCCGGGGCGUAUCUAUACUGUGCAAUUCGACGACGAGGAGUUGACUCUGACCAAGGUCAAGAAGACGGAUAUUCCUGAGGAUGAGGCGAUCUCAUGGAUGACUUUUUCCCACGACAAAAAAGCCAUAUAUGGCGCGGCGAUGAAGAAAUGGAACUCGUUCGCCGUCAACAGCCCGACGGACAUUGUCCAUCAAGUCUCGCACCCGGUGGCUGGUCACCCUCUGGCAGCUAGUGCAGACACCAACACCAGAGCCAUCUUCGUGCUCGCCGCCAAACAACCCCCGUACAAUGUCUACGGCAACCCAUUCUACAAAUACGCUGGCUACGGCAACGUCUUUUCCGUAAAGGACGACGGCAGUCUGGCAGAGAACGUGCAAAACUACGAAUAUGUCGAAAACACCGGUAUCCACGGCAUGGUCUUCGAUCCUACCGAGACAUUCUUGUACUCGGCCGACCUGCAGGCCAACAAGGUCUGGACGCAUCGCAAGGAUGCUGCGACCGGGCAACUGACGCUCGUGGAUUGUCUCGAGGCGCCGUCGCCGGAUGACCAUCCGCGAUGGGUGGAAAUCCACCCAUCCGGAAAGUAUCUGUAUGCGUUGAUGGAGGCUGGCAAUCGGUUGGCCGUGUACGUUUUGGAUAGGAACAAUGUGCCGGUCUUUACACACAUCACCUAUCCUUUGUUGCCCGACGGCCUUCCCCCGCGCAACAAAUACCGCGGCGACGUCUGCUUCUGCACCCGCAACGGGCAGUACCUCUUCGCAACCACCCGUUCCAACCAUUUCGAUGUCACCGGCUACAUCACGGCCUUCAAACUGGGCCCGUCCGGCGAAAUCGAACGCCAACUCUUCAUCCACCCGACUUCGACCAGCGGUGGCCACUCCAACGCAGUCAGCCCGUGCGAUUUCAGCGAUGAGUGGCUGGCCUUGUGCGAUGACCAGCUUGGUUUUGUCGAGAUGUAUCGCUUCAAGGAUGAGAACCUGGCGAGAGUGGCUAGGGUGGAUAUUCCCGAGAAGGGAUUUGGUAUGAAUGCUAUUUGGUAUGAUUAA